AUGAGUGCCAUUUAUUAUGAAGACAAUACGUUCUUUGUUCACGGUAAUAAUGUUGGUGCGAGUAUUAGUGAAAAUGAUGAUUUUAUGGUGUACGAUACGAUUGGAUUAGGUGAAGGUAGUUUUGGAACGGUUCCGCAUCAGGAGGCUGUCAAAAUAAUUAUUCUAAAUGUGAAGCACCAAUCAACUAUAUAG